CCUCUGUAUCAAAGGAGGAGCUCUGUGUUUUCGACACUCUGUGUAAUCGAUUUCCACUGGAUUCUCGUUUCUGGGUUUUUGAAAUCUCUGCAGUCACAAAGCAACUCCAUUGCUUUUCUUCUUCUGGGUAUUGCACAUCUGACAGUGUCUAGGAAGAUGGCUAGUGGUAGCCUGAAAAGCCUUAUAUCUUCAGCAGUGGGUCGAGGUGUGACGGAAGCAAGAGCCAGGAUUUUUGGACAUAUGCUUAAUCCAACGGGACAGAGAUCUCCUCAUAAAAUAUUAAGAAAGAAACUUUUUGGUGACAAGGUUGCAGAGUGGUAUCCAUAUGACAUCAAGAAUGAGGAUCCCAAUGUCUUGGCUAGAGAAGAACAAGAGCGGAUAUCAAAGCUUGAGAUGCUGAAGCGUCGUAACAAAGGACCACCAAAGAAGGGUCACGGAAGACGUGCUGCCAAGCGUAACAAGUAGAACGAACAACCAUAGCUACAAAAGAACAUUGCAUAUUUAGAAUCAGACUCUUUUUGUUGGAUCAGAUAGAACUUUUCAGUUAAAAGUUUCUCAAACUGCAUUGGUUUCUAAUAAUGUUAGUAUGUUGAGACACAGUUGAAUGCUAUUUGCUUCCCUUUUGACUUUCGUUUAU